GGGAGGGGGUGGGGCAGGCAUAUGUGGCGCAGACGACAUUCCCUGCAAACCGAACAGGAAGCCUACGAGGAAAAACCCCAAGGCUCACACCGCCCGGGCCGCUGGAUCUCGGGGCUCCUGGGCAGGCUGUCACGUGGUUCUCCGACGCGGAGCCCCCCACCCCCUCAAGCGUCACAGACCACAGAGCUCUCCCCACGUUCUGUAAGAACCGCCGUUAGGCGAGGUUAUCCGGGCCCAUCAGGGCCGCGCCGAGCGCACCGGGAACCGCCUGGACGCACUGCACCGUGCAAACGGAGCGCACGGAUUGCUCCCCGCGCUCCGCUCCUCGGGAGGGACCCCGCGGUCCGAGGCGCCCGCCCUCCACCCCUGGGGUCCUCCCGGACCUCGUCUCCGGCCCGGCGUCAACUCCCGACCCCAAGUGAAGGCCCCUAGAGUACCCGCCACAGUUCUCAGGCCUCUGGUACGUGGUCUCCAUGGUCUCCGACUGCAAGGUCUUCCUGGGCAAGAAGGACCACCUGCUGAUGUCCACUAGGACCAUCGAGGCCAUGGCGGGGGGCAACCUCAGUGUCCACAUGCAGUUCCCUCGGGCUGACGGCUGUCACCUGCUGGACGCCGAGUACCUGAGGGUCGGCUCCGAGGGCCACUUCAGAGUCCCAGCCCUGGGCUACCUGGACGUGCGCGUCGCGGACACGGACUACAGCUCGUUUGCCGUGGUCUACAUCUACAAGGAGCUGGAGGGAGCCCUCAGCACCAUGGUGCAGCUCUACAGCCGGACCCAGGAAGCAAGUCCCCAAGCUGUGAAGACCUUCCGGGACUUCUACCCCACGGUGGGGCUCGAGGACGACAUGAUGGUCAUGCUGCCCAAGUCAGAUGCGUGCUCCUCUGGGGACAAGGAAGCUCCCUGACACCUGUGGAGACCCACCUCAGCCCUUCCCAGGGCGAGCUGGAGCAGCAGACCUUGUCGUGCCGAGUUGUCCGGACCCACCGUCCUCCUGGGUCACCCCCUCCUCCCCAACCCUGGGCCUCCCUCUUCCCCUCAAUAAACAUAUUCUGCAGUCCA